UAGUAUAUUAUAAAGAUCACUGGAUAUAUUGUACAGGACAUACAAAUAAAAUUGCAAAGGACCAACAUUGCAGGUGAAAAGAAUAGGAUUAUGGUGUGUAGAGGAAGGUUACAUAUGACAUUUUACAGAGGUAAGGAGGAAUACCAAGGGGUACAGAUAUAGAGAAUGAAAUACCAGAAUAUAGUGCAGAAUAUACAGAUACAACCACACAGGAGUCUAGCACAGGGGACACAGAGCACACUGAAUGUAUAAGGGGAGCAUAGCACAGAGUAUACUGACAAUAUUGCAAAAGGGGUUAGAGGGAGUACAGCACUGAGGGAGUUGAAAUAAAUGCACAGGUUUUGCAGUUUGUGUAGUCCAGAGAACACUGGACGGACUGCGUGUGAAUAACAGAGAGGGUACAGUACAGAAAAUACUAGAAGAAUUGCACAGGAGUAACAUAGCACAGAGGGUACUUACAGGACUGUACAGUAGUAACUGGAUUCAAAACGCAGAAGAUAAAAAGAGAAGCGUUUAGGGUAAACUUGGGUACACAGAGAAGACACAUGAUUUAACAGACACCUACACACUAUACAGACAGAGCACACUGCGGGUACCAGGGGUACUGAGAGGGGAUAUAGGCAGGACAGUAUACAGUGUAAAGGGAGGGGCUGGGGAGAUUACACAGAGAGAUACAGAGGAAAUACAUCAGAUCAGCACAGAGUGAACAUGGGGAACUAGCUAGAGGGCAGGGAAUAGUACAAAAUAUAGCACUGAGUUCUGCUCAAAUUAGAUCCAGUCAGAGCAGCACUGAGUACACAGACAGUACUACAAAGGGAAACUCCCACAGCAUGGACUUGUGAGAGUGUAAUGAUUCAGCUAUAGGAGACAAGAAGUUACUUUACUGGAUAACAAUCCUCUGGGAACAGUGUAAACAGAACCUCCAGGAGAACGGGGGAGUCCUGAAUCCAUCACACAGACUGGAGGAUACAAAGAACAUUCUAUAGCCAACCGUGACAGACACACAGCAUGGACAGGAACCUCACCAUAAUUACUCUACUGAUACUCGGUUCCACUGUGAACACAAAUAAAGCAAAUUUACAAUGUCCGCAAAAAGAAGAAAUAGAUGGAACAGUUUGUGAAAAUACUGGAGCCGAGAGAAUGAUAUGCCGAAGCAAUGAAACAUGUGAAGACCAUGAAUUCUGUUCCUGCCGGAAAGGAUACAUUAAGCAUAAGGAAGGAGUUGCAAUAACUUGCGAAGAUAUAAAUGAGUGUCAAUCUAACAAUCUGGCUUGUGGAGCCAACACAUACUGUAAAAACUUAAUUGGCAGUUACUAUUGUGAAUGUAAUCCUGGCUUCAAGAGAAAUAAUGAAACUGUAUUCUGUCCUGAUUUCAUUAACACGACUAACAAUAAAUGUGAUGGUGAGUAUCCCAGAGAUAUAAAUGAAUGUGAGAAUUCGCCUUGUACGAAUAACACUGUCUGUCAUAAUACUAUUGGUUCGUACUCUUGCUCGUGUCAGAAUGGAACUAUAAGUAUCCCAUCAAAAUCUAAAACUCCAAAUUGUGUGCAAUGUAAAGACGAUAUUUCAAAGGAUGAAAAGAAUCAAAGUUGUGCACAACAGUGGAAUUGUUUACUGCAGAAGACAUUCUCGUCUGGUCGGCCAACCUGUAGUCAGAAUAAAACAUCGCAGAAACGUAGAAUGGAAGAGUUUCUGUCCAAGUUGGGGGAUUUGUUGAAUAAUGAAAGCAGCUUUGAGACCAAUGAAAGAUUAAAGAAAUUGGGGAAUAUGCUUCAAACAGUGGAACAAUUGGCACGAAUACUUGCUAUGCUAUAUCGGAAUAUCAUCAAACUAACCCACUCUCCGAGCAACACCACAAUGAGCAUAUUCACCAAUUUUACAAAAAAGGGGAAUUUCUCUCUGCGCAGUCAAUGGAGCACUGUAACUUUGGACGUGACAACAGCAGCAAAUGACAAUUUACCAGAUUCGGCAAUGGUUGGACUUUUGGAGUAUCCUAAACUGUCUUCCCUGCUAGCAGGUGCCCCACUUUUGGGACAGAAUUCAACAGCCCAGAACCAUACUUUGAUCUCACCUGUGCUCAGCAUCUUUGUAACUCGCAACGAUACUAAGAACCUGACCAACCCAAUCACUAUAAAUAUCAGGCACAAUGCAAUGACAGAGGAAAACAGGGAAACACUGUGUGUGUUCUGGUCACACAGUUACACUGGGUGGAGCAGUGAUGGAUGUCACAAAGUGAACAGCACUAAAGAAGACACUACCUGCGAAUGCACUCACUUAACCAGCUUUGCCAUUUUAAUGGCUCUGAAUGUGGACGCCGUUGAGAGUUGGACACUGAGUCUCAUCACAAAGAUUGGGCUGUCCAUUUCGAUUAUUUGUCUUACUUUGGCUUUAAUCACCUUUUGCUUUUGCCGGGCAAUCCGAGGUACACGUAACACCAUCCACACACACCUGUGUGCGACCCUCUUACUUGGAAACUGCAUUUUCCUUCUGGGAAUUACACCAACUGACAACGAGACCUUGUGUAGCGUGGUGGCAGGCGUCUUGCAUGCUCUUUAUCUCUCGUCCUUCUGCUGGAUGGCUCUCGAAGGACUGGAACUCUACCUGAUGCUGGUGAGAGUGUUUGAUACCCACCUUCUAAAGAAGAAACAUCUCCUAAUGGUGGGGUAUGGUGUACCAGCUUUCAUCGUCAUCAUCAGCGCUGCAGUCUUCCCAAAAGGAUAUGGCACCAAAAAACACUGCUGGCUGUCCAAUGAACGUGGUUUUAUCUGGAGCUUCAUGGGACCUAUCUGUGUUAUAAUUAUGGUGAAUUGUGGAAUGUUCAUACUCACUGUUUGGAAACUUGCUGACAAAAUGGCAUCCAUCAACCCAGAUCAAGGAAAAUUAAAAAGAAUCAGGUCACUUACAGCAACUUCAGUGGCCCAGCUUUGCGUGUUAGGAUGCUGCUGGGUGUUUGGCUUCCUUAUGUUUGGUGCUGCAACUUCUGUUUUUGCCUACAUAUUCUCCAUCCUUAACUGCCUCCAGGGAGUGCAGAUCUUCCUAUUACACUGUAUAAUGCUUAGAAAGGUACGUGAAGAGUAUGCCAUGUGGCUGUGUGCUGCCAUCCACUGCAAGAGCCUGUCAUCCUACACAGAGUUUAGCAGCACCAGCAAUAGCGCCACACAGAGCAAAGCAAAGCUUUCAAGCAAGGAAACCAAUUUAUAAAGACAGCAUUUACAUCAGCUUAUGCUCAGCAAGCUAAAGGGCAUUAAACAAUGCACACAACGAGGACAUAUGACAGAUGUAUUCACUGUUCUGGUGAAAAGGUUGGAGUUUUAGAAUGUGUUAACCAGGGAUGUAGAAUAAAUCAGUCAUUCCCUGUAUCAGUAACACAUCCCACAUGGAUCAAUCUGCUGGUGCUCAAUAUAUUCAAGAAUUGGAGCAGUUACCAUGGGACCCGAUGGAAUGCGCUUUCAGAUUUCUUCAGACUACACAGAAGAUGCCUUUUUAAUACAUUUGUUUACUUCACUCUCCUCCAUGGAAUCAGAUUGCCUACUAAGACAACUUGUAAACUCUGUAAAAC